AUGGUGACGCAACAUGCUGAUCUCCAUGAAGCAAGCAUUUCAAGAUCAACAGCAUAUCUCCUGUCACACCUUGAGGAGCUUCAGCAUCCCUAUGCUGUUGCCAUUACAGCCUACUGCAUUGCUGCUUGUCUGCCAAAGGAAACAGAUCAUUCAUCUGCCUGGGCAAAACUUCAAGCCCUGGCUAGUGAAGGGAAUAAUGGCUGUUAUCUGUGGACAACUGAUGCCAACCAGAAUCGUGAGAGGGCAGAUGUCAUCACAGUAGAGACUACAGCCUAUGCCCUCCUAACAGCAGUGGAACUUGGGCAUACCGAGUGGGCAGACAAAGCAGCCUGCUGGUUAACCACCCAAGAAAACUAUUUUGGAGGCUACAAAUCAACACAGGAUACCAUCAUGGCAUUGGAAGCCCUUGCGGAGUAUGAGCUAAAGAGGUCUGUCAGUCCUGAAGCAAAUCUAAUUGCAGAGUUCACCGUUCCAGGAAAAAAAGACAUUGUAAAGCUUGUGCUGGAAAAUAAGAAGGAGAAGGUGGAAACAGACCUUAAGAAACUUACAGGGAACAACAUUGUUGUGCAAUUGACUGGAAAAGGCAAUACCAAACUAAAAGUUGUGAAGGCUUACCAUCUACUGGAUCCAAAGGACGAUUGUAAUGAAGUGUCUAUCAGUGUCACAGUGGAGGGGAAAGUGAAGUACACUGCUAAGGUGAUAGAAAAUUAUGAAUAUUAUGAUGACUACGAUAAUGACGAGGAGAAGGAGGCACGAGUGCCACGAUCAGCUAUUGAGUGGUUUGAUGCUUGCACCCGAAACAGGAGAGAUCUUGAUAACAACUUAAAUUCAGACGAGACUGUCACCUACAAAAUCUGUGUCAGUCAUAGCCUGAACAGCAAUCUCACAGGAAUGGCCAUUGCUGAUAUCACACUUCUAAGUGGAUUUGAGGCUGUAACUGAGGAUCUGGACAGGCUAAAAUCGCUACCUGAACAAUAUAUUUCUCAUUAUGAGGUCUCCUAUGGAAGAGUGCUGAUCUACUUCAAUGAGCUCUUUGAAUCAGAGGAAUGUAUUAGUUUUGAUGCUAUACAGAGAGUACCAAUUGGCCUCCUACAGCCUGCUCCAGCUGUGUUCUAUGAUUAUUAUGAACCAAACAGAAAGUGUACUGUGUUCUACAACGCCCCCCAAAGAAGCAAGAUGGUCUCCAAACUGUGUUCAGAGGAUGUGUGCCAAUGUGCAGAAAGACCUUGCCAUAAAAUACAAAAUAGAUUCCAGUCACAAAGAGGUAAAAAAAUCACAAAGAAAGAACGUUUACAACACACUUGCUUCUUCCCUACAGUAGAUUACGCAUACAUUGUUGAAGUUCUCAACGUUUCUCUGAAGAGUAACUUUGAGUUGUACAAAACAAAUGUAAAGGAGGUACUCAGAUCACAUGGAGAUGUCCAUGUGACUGAGAAUUCUGCUCGAGUGUUUGCUAAGAGGCGUCAGUGUAAAGGACAGUUAGAUUUGGGAAAACAGUAUCUCAUCAUGGGCAAAGAUGGCUCCACCACAGACUCAAACAGAAUGAUGCAGUAUCUGUUGGAAUCAAACACCUGGGUUGAAAAAAAGCCUUUGGAAGAAGAAUGCAAAAAAUCUGCUCAUAGAGCUGCCUGCACAGGGUUUAAUACAUUUACAAAUGAGUAUAAGAUUAAUGGCUGUAGACAGUGAAACAGAGAAUGUUUCAUUUAACUUUCAUUUUCAGUUUAUUAUAAGUCAGUUACAGUAGUUAGCUUGUUAGCGAAGUGAAAUUCUAACAUGAAUAAAGUUCUAACAAUAGGUCCCAGCAAGGUGGAAAAUUGAGGCAAAAGCUCAGAGACUUUAAAUUCUACCAAAAACUUUGACAUGGAGGUUUUGGGGUGUUUACAUUUACUAAGUAUAAAGUAAAAUAUCAAUAAUGCCAUAAAGAUCUGAUGCAUUCCCUUGCAGUUGUGGUUUAUUUCAAAUGUAAACGUAAAGUUAAUUCGUUGUCCACUCUGUGUAAUGUUGAAUUGCAACAUAUACAUACACUAUUCUGGCAGCACGGUGGUGCAGUGGUUAGCACUGUCGCCUCACAGCAAGAAGGUUGUGGGCAAGAAGAUCGUGGGUUCAAACCCUGGUUGCCCCGGCCUUUCUGUUUGCAUGUUCUCCCUGUGUCAGUGGGUUCUCUCUGGCUUCCUCUCGCCGUCCAAAACCAUGCAGGCUAGGUUGAUUGGUUACCCUAAAAUUGCCCUUAGGUGUGAAUGUGAGCAUGAGUGGUUGUUCAUCUAUGUGUGGCCCUGCGAUGGACUGGCAACCUGUCCAGGGUGUACCCUGUCAGCUGGGAUUGGCUCCAGCCCCCCCGCGACCCUGUACGUGGGAUAAGUGGUUGACAAUGGAUGGAUGGACAUACACUAAUCUGCUUCAACAUAGGUUUUUUUUGUAUCUCUGUUUAUUGUACCUUACACAAAGCUGUUCAUGGGGGAAAAUAAAGUUUCUGAUCUUG